AGAGAGAGAGAGAGAGAGUGCAAGAGAGGAGGAGGGAGGGUGUCAGUCUGAAAGUGUGUGAGUAGAGCGAGCGAGGAACACACACACAGUCGUACGCAGAAAGAGAGAAUCGGCGGCGUGUGUGAAGGAUCACUCCUGUCCCGUCUUGUUCUGAGGGGAGACCUACCCAACCCGGUCCAGUCAGUCGAGUAUUUUUUUGGGGGACUCUUUUAUGUUGUUGCUGUCGAGAGAGACGGACCCUUACUCCAGCAUGCUCACUGAGCCUGAGCUACCUCAGGAGUGUAACAGGAUGUCUUCCAAGCGACCAGCCUCUCCAUAUGGGGGGACAGAUGGAGAGGUAACCAUAGCAACCAGCAGAAAGCGAGUGGAGGAUGAGGAGAGCGAGGGACUGGGUGGCGUGAUCCACCUCCCUUUGGCCUCCUACUGCAGUAAGGUGUCCCCGCGCUCGCCCCCCUUCCGCACCUUGGACAGCCCCCCCAACAACACGGAUCUGGACGGUUCCAAGGGGAACUCCCUAAGCCCUUACCCCCUGCACAAUGCUACCUCACCGGGCAAAGACGAAGGCGGCGCCGGGUGCCGGCCGUGCAGCGACGGAGGCUCGAGCGCCGGCGCCCUGGGGACCCCGGAGAGACGCAAAGGGAGCCUGGCGGACGUGGUGGACACACUGAAACAACGCAAGAUGGAGGAGCUGAUCAAGAAUGAACCAGAAGAAGCUCCCAGCAUUGAGAGGCUGUUGUCAAAGGACUGGAAGGACAAACUUUUGGCCAUGGGCUCAGGGCACAUUGGCGAAAUUAAAGGUACACCGGACAGCCUGGCGGAGAAAGAGCGCCAACUCAUGGGCAUGAUCGGCCAGCUGAGCAGCCUGAGGGAGCAGCUCCUGGCGGCCCACGAGGAGCAGAAGAAGCUGGCCGCCUCGCAGAUGGAGAAACAGAGGCAGCAGAUGGAGCUGGCCAAGCAACAGCAGGACCAGAUUGCCCGGCAACAGCAGCAGCUCCUGCAGCAGCAGCACAAAAUCAACCUCCUGCAGCAACAAAUACAGCAGGUCCAGGGCCAACUCCCGCCGCUGAUGAUUCCCGUCUUUCCCCCGGACCAGAGGACCCUGGCGGCGGCGGCGGCCCAGCAGGGCUUCCUCAUGCCACCCGGCUUCAACUACAAACCGGGCUGCAGUGACCCGUACCCUCUGCAGCUCAUCCCGACAACAAUGGCGGCGGCAGCUGCCGCCACACCGGGCCUGGGCCAGCUUCAGCUUCAGCAGUUGUACGCGGCUCAGCUGGCGGCCAUGCAGGUCUCCCCCGGGGCCAAGCAGCACGGCCUGGCGUCCCAAGCCAACCUGGGCACGCACUCCCCGCCCACCAACGCACACGCGCAGAGCGACAAGAGUCGUUGCUCCCCGCAGCCAAACAAGACCAAGGACAGUGAGGGUGCACAGCCACUGAACCUGUCGGCCAAGCCUAAGGCAUCCGAGAGCAAGUCACCCAACUCCCCCCCAACUUCCCCACAGGUCCCCGCUGCUGCUGCUGCCGCUGCUGCCAAGCUGGGCCCCGCCGGCUCCAUGAAGCACAGUGUCGCCCCCUCCAGCAUCGGAGGACCUCCGGGCAGAGUCAGCUCAAUAGCAGACUUGCUGUCGUCUCUGUCUUCGGGUGCCUACCUGAACGACCACGAGGCCGUGACCAAGGCGUUCGCCGAGGCCCGGCAAAUGAAAGAGCAACUCAAGCGGGAGCAGCAAGUGCUCGACGCUAAAGUGGCGGCCGUCAGCAGCCUCGGACUCAACAACGGGCGCGCCGACAAGGACAAAGCGGCCUUGGAGAGUUUGAGUCAACAAUUGAAGCAGCAGGCCGAGGACAAGUUCAGCCACGCCAUGCUGGACUUCACCAUGAGCGGCGACUCCGACGGUUCCCCGAGCGUGUCCGACUCUCGGAUAUUCCGCGAGGCCCGAGGUCGCGGCAGCAGCGAGCCGCAUAUCAAACGGCCAAUGAACGCCUUCAUGGUGUGGGCCAAGGAUGAGCGCAGGAAGAUUCUGCAGGCUUUCCCUGACAUGCACAACUCCAACAUCAGCAAGAUCCUCGGCUCGCGCUGGAAGGCCAUGACCAACUUGGAGAAGCAGCCGUACUACGAGGAGCAGGCGCGCCUCAGCAAGCAGCAUCUGGAGAAGUACCCCGACUACAAGUACAAGCCGCGGCCCAAGCGCACGUGCCUGGUGGACGGCAAGAAGCUACGCAUCGGCGAGUACAAAGCCAUCAUGCGCUCCCGGCGACAGGAAAUGAGGCAGUACUUCAGUGUGGGGCAGCAGAGUCAGCUGCCGCUAUCGUCGGCGGGCGUGGUCUACCCGGGCGCCCUCUCCAUGGCGGGCAUGCCGUCGCCCCAGAUGCCCUCGGAGCACUCGAGCAUGUCGAGUAGCCCCGAGCCCAACGCCAACCACCACCACCACCACCACUCCUCGGCCCACCUGGGCGGCCUGAAAGGCGACGAGCCCCGCAUCAAGGAGGAGGAGCUACGGCUGGACGACAGUAACGGCGACGUCUACGACGACUUCGACUACGAGGACGAGGAAGCCGACUACGUCAGCGACAACGAGAACCACAUCGCACAAUAGGAGCGGCGGCGCCGUCCGAUCGACCUUUCGACCCCUUAUCCCCACCGUCCCCCCCCCGCGGACUCUUCGCAGAGCCCCUCCCAUUAAACUCCCGAUACCAGCGUCCGACCAAUCAGCUGAAGUGACGGACUGUCACUCACGUUGACUGUUACAAAAUCUGGGAGGAAGACAAAAGCCAGCCAGCCAGCCCCUGACACUUCCCGAGAAGAAGGAAGGGAGGGGCGGGGCUUGAAGCGACCUAUCAAACAAUUUGUACACACAAAAAAAAAAAGUCGCAAAACAGCGGACCUGUCACGGGCCGAAACAGAUGACACUUUAAAAAUGGCGGACCUUUUUUUUUUUCUCAAGAAACACUUUUUAAAAGAGAGAAAAAAAAAACUUUUUUUUCCUGUUUUCGGUUCUAUAAUAUUCUCACUCAGGUACACGGUGCCAAUAAGUGGCUUGUGAAUGUGACUUGUUUUAUUUUUUUUGUGCUAAGUUUAAAUAAUAAUAGGAAAAAGAGACAUUACUCCCCCCUCCCCCCCUCGUCUGUUGUGAAGCACCUGAAAGACACCACGAUUUAUUUCCGACAAGAGAUUUUUCAAACUACCGGACGGCAACGGAGGGACGGAUAUUUUUAUUUUAUUUUAAUUUAUAAUUUUGUGGGUUGGGUCGACGACGACAAGCACUGUGUUCGCGAGACAAUCCACCCGGUUGUCAUCUUGCGCCGACCCUCCACAGAGCUUGAACCACGCAACCGUGUGUGUGUGUGUGUGUGUGUGUGUGUGUGUGUGUGUGUUUGUGUGAGGAGGGUUAGCCCCUUUUCUGUGCUGAAAAAAAAAAAGAAACUAACUGCUGUUCAUCGACUAUCACAUGCACACACACACACACACACACACAACUGUUAUGUGUUUUCCCCCCGCUGAACUCAGCGGGCCGCCAGUCAGUGUUUCCGUUUUGUAUUUGAAGACUGUAUUUUUAUUAUUUCUCUAAACUGCCUCUAUUCUAAUAUUAUUAACAAUAAUUAUAAGGACGGUCAGCUAUGUUUAGUAAGUUAUGUACAGUAUAAUUUAUUUUUCUUCUCAAUCUUGGCUUUUUUAUGAGAUUAUUUUAGCCUGUAGGUAUUAGAAAAAAUCUUUUUUUUUUGUGUGUUCCCUUUUGAGUUUUUCUCACGUUUCGUAUUAAUCCUCCUCGGACAAGCUGAAAACUUAACCGGUGGGGAGGGGGGGGGGGGACCAUUUUUAAAAAGCACUCAGACUCUCUCAUCAGAGAAAAGAAGAACAUGAUAUUUUUUAUUAUUAUAAUUAUUAUUACGUUUAUUUGGAAUGCUUAUUCGAAAUGUAUAAUGUGAAGAUUUUUUUUUUCCUUUUCCCAAAAGCCCCAACGUUUACUCGCUCGGCCGGAUACGCAGUGGAACAUCAUUGGCUGGACUCCACACACACACACACACACACACACAUAUACAUACACACACGAGAUUAUUCAUAACAACCAAACAAGUCCUAUGCUGUCUUUUUGUUAUUUUUUUUUUUUUUUUUACAUUUAGAUUAAAUCCUGUACAUAUAUUUUGUUUUUAUGUGAUAGUGGUUUAUUUUAAUCAUAGGAAAGCAGUGUUUACCCCACCAAUGGUGUUCCGCUGCGUUCGUACGGCAUCUUAAACUCCAUCAGGAGCCUUUUUUUUUAUUUUAGUUUUUUUUUUGGAGUUGCUUUUUUGAGCUCCACAGAGCCAUGACUUCUCAUGACUUGACUUUGCUGUACAGCCAGCCCUGUUAUCACGCCAUGAUGCUGGAGAAAGGGGAGAGGAGGGGGAGAGGAGGAGGAGGAGGGGGGGGUAUUAGGACGUCAAUCAUCCCUGCUGGUAAGGUCGGCCCUCCCCGUAUCGAGACAAUGAAGAAGAAGGCGAUCAUAUUAUUUAAGACAAUCAAAGUCAUGAGUGGAGCUCAAAAUCAAGUCCGAAAUUACAACGGCGACAGAAAAAAAAUAAAAUAUCUGACCAUCUCAACUUGAAGAAUCAAGAAAGAUAAUUAUGUAAAUAUAACAUAGAGUUAUAGAUUUAUAUUUUGUUCAUAACACAAUGUAAUAUAAGUUGUAUAUUUGUUUUUUUUUUCUCUCUCCUCUCUCUUCCUCUGUCUCUUUUUUCUUGAUGUUUAUCCAUGCCACAGGAGUGAAGUCGCAUCGCAGUACUCUCACAAAGAAAAAACGAAAAAUGAAGAAAAUUAUGAAAGAAACAAUGAAAAAUUGAAGGGGGGUAAAAAGAGGAAAAAAAUAACAUUUGUGGGCUACCACCACCAUCUGUUCUAAGUUCACUUUUUUUCAGUAUUACUGCCAGACGAGGCUCUAAUAAAGACGGCAAUGUGUUCGGUAAAA